AUUUGGGAGUGACAUAAUUACCGACCAUUUAGCGUCUCGCCGGCUUUGCGGUCGUUGGACGAUUUUAUUGUUGUAGGCGGGUCUUGAGAAACGAGUGUUUUGUGAGGAGAUGAAAAUGGCGGCGGAUGGCUGACCGCCGUCUUUGUCGGAUAUUAACAUAAAACUGCGAUUUAAACCAGCGUUCUCUGUCGCUUUUAACAGAACGUCGUGUCAUUUAAUAUGACCAGAUUAAGGAUUUUCUAAACUCUUUGGUUGAUUGGAGUUUUCCAAAAGACAAAGCGGAAAGUUCCUUUGGAAAUAGAUUGCUCGCUGUCUGCUGUUGCAUUUUAAAUUUAGACGUUCGUUUUAGUUUAGCGAACAGUUUGUUCAACAUAAUAAGAAAAUGUGUUUGAACUACAUGCCGCAAAUAACCCAGGACUGGUAACCCCCCCUCACCCCCUAAAACUAGCCAGACAAGUGUCUAAAUUGUAUGUAUUGUAUCAAUUGUAAGCUACACUCUAUAGCUAACGUUAGCUAUAACACGCUAACCUUUACAUAAUGAACCACACUACAAUCCCAAAUGCAAUAUUGGCUCUAUAAACAAACUAAAGCUUGCUAGCUAAUCCCAUUCUCUCGGUAGGGUUUUGUUUUGGUGAUCGACAACAAUGUUUCCCUUUGGUGGGGGAUAGCUAGCAUCUUUACUAUUUCUCUAGCUAUGUCCUAGUGGUAAUUAUCUACCGUUAGCUGCAAAUAACAUAACGUUGCAAUGUGUAAACGCUCGUACUUUAUUUAUACGGUGGUUUUAAUCAAAUCAAAAUGUAUUAAUUUCGCUACGUUGCUGACUGUAUUUUAGAUUUACUUUGUCAGAUUUGAAAGGCUUUUUUUUUUUUUUUACCCGCAAGUUACAGUGGACAUAAAUAUUACACUACUAGAAAUAAAUAGAUAAGUUAAGCUACAUUUCCAAUCACGAGCUAGUUGUAGUGUUCAGCAGCUUGACAGCGCAGUCACAGGUACCCACGUGUAUCGGCGAAUCGCCUACCAAAUAAGCAGUCCACUGUCUCAAGUGACAGUCAUAAAACAUGGAAGAUAAGCGUCGACCAAGAUUCAGCAAGCGGCUGCGGUCGGGCACGCGGCGGCGCUACCAUGACGAUGGUAUCUCGGACGACGAGAUCGAGGGGAGGAGGACCUUUGACCUGGAGGAGAAGCUGACGAGCGAGAGGUUCACCUCAGACAGGGUCAAACGCAUGGAGGGGAAAGACCUCACGUUUGAGUACAUCCAAAGAGGUGGGUUGAGGGACCCGAUCAUCUUUGAGAAGCCAGACGGACUGGGCAUCAAGAUGCCGGAUCCAGACUUCAGUGUGAACGACGUCAAGAUAUUUGUCGGCAGCAGGCGUAUGAUGGAUGUGAUGGAUGUCAGUACUCAGAAGGGUAUAGAGAUGUCUAUGGCCCAGUGGAGACGUUAUUACGAGACGCCCCCCUCCCAGAGGGACAAACUCUACAACGUCAUCAGCCUGGAGUUUAGCCACACCAAGCUGGAGAACCUGGUCCAGAGGCCUGCAUCGGUGGACAUCAUAGACUGGGUGGACAACAUGUGGCCUCGGCACCUGAAGGAGCGACAGAGAGACUCCACCAACUCCAUCACAGACAUGCAGUACCCCAAAGUGCAGAAGUACUGUCUAAUGAGUGUGCAGGGCUGCUACACGGACUUCCACAUCGACUUCGGAGGUUCCUCGGUCUGGUACCACAUACUGCGGGGAGGCAAGGUGUUCUGGCUGAUCCCGCCCACGCCUCAGAACCUGGAGCUGUAUGAGGACUGGGUGUUGUCAGGGAAACAGGGAGACAUCUUCCUAGGAGACAAGGCCCAGGACUGUCAGAGGAUAGAGCUGAAGCAGGGCUAUACCUUCAUGAUCCCCUCAGGUUGGAUCCAUGCGGUCUACACUCCAGUGGACACCCUGGUGUUUGGGGGGAACUUCCUCCACAGCUUCAACAUCCCCAUGCAACUCAACAUCUACAGCAUCGAGGACAGGACACGGGUACCAGCUAAGUUCCGUUACCCGUUCUACUAUGAGAUGUGUUGGUACGUGUUGGAGAGAUACCUCUUCAGUCUGACCAACACCUCCUACCUCACGCCUGACUUCCAGAAACACUCCCUGGGUAUCGGUCUUACCAGAGACCCCUCCACCUGUGAGUCAGUCAACGGGCACACCCAGGAGGAGGAUGAAGAGGAGGCUACCCCGACCCGGGGCUCUAAGCCCGGGGUGAAGGUUCACCUCACGCCUUUUGAGCUGGAGGGGCUGUGGAACCUGCUGGGGAAGCUGGAGUCGCUGCCCUCACAGAAGAACUGUGUCCCGGCAGGCAUACACGAUGCUCCCGCUCUGCUGCACGACAUCAGGGCGCUGCUGAAGGAGCAUGCUAAUGACAUCCCCAAACUGUCCUACACUGGCAAGCCCAUCGUCAAGUGGCCCAAGAGGCCGUCGUGGUACCAGCCCCCUCCCCCUCCUCCCCCGGUGGCUCGUCCCAAGCUGUCUGCCACGGUGGUGACCCCGCGGCCCCAGAAGCCCGCCUCCUCCAUGUCCGUGCUGCGGCGGCGGCGCGUGCGGUGUAAGCGCUGCGAGGCGUGCGUCAGGACGGAGUGCGGGGACUGUAACUUCUGCAGGGACAUGAAGAAGUUCGGAGGGCCGGGGAAACUGAAACAGACCUGCGUGCUCCGACAGUGUCUGGCGCCGGGUCUGCCCCUGUCAGUGGUGUGUGAGAUCUGUGCAGAGGGGAACCAGGAGGGAGGAGAGAGGCCGGUCUUCGCCCUCACCCUCAUGGAGUGUUCCAACUGUGCCCAGAUAGCCCACCCCGCCUGCCUCAAAGUAACAGGGGAUGGCGUGGUGAAUACAGAUCUGCCCAGCUGCUGGGAAUGUCCCAAAUGUGUUCUGGGAAUCACCGACACUGAGUCUUCGGGCACCGAUGAUGAUGACAGUGGGGCGUCCGUUGGCCUCGGCGCUGGCGUGAGCCCCCUCUCCGCCACCGCCCUCUCCUCCACCCAGGGGCCUCUAGGGGUCUCCAUGGAGCCAGGCUCUGCUCCUGGGUUGGGGGACAAGGGCUGGGGCAGGGCGAUACUGCUACACCCAGGGCUGGUUCCCAACCCCCCCUCCUGGUUCUCCGAGGCGCCCCUUCCCUCCCCUGGGCAGCUACUACUAGAGCAGCGCGGCCUCAAGCGGGCGGGGAGAUGGGCAAGCGGGCGCAGGAAGAGGGUGAAGGGGGACAAGAAUAAAAUGUUACACGCGAAACGCAAGUCUUCUUCGUAUCUCGACGGUCACAUCGCCAAGAUCUACCGUCGCCAUGGUUAUAGCCGAGACGAUGACUCGGGCAGCGAUGAUGAUGAUGAUGAUGAUGAAGGCUCCAGGAGCGGAGGAGGCGCGGGACAGAAGAUGUCCGGGCCACGCCCUCGCGGCAGUGGCUCCGCCUCUCGGAGAGGCUACGGGACUGGGAGGCGGGGCAUUUGGAGAGGCUCCUCCCACAGAGGGGCAGGCCGCGGGAGCGGGCUGGCCCCUCACUCCUCCCUGAAGAUGAGGCGCGGCAGAGGGGAUAGAGAGGGGGGGCGUAGGGAGAGGGGUGGGAGAGUGCGCCUCCGGGGAGGCACCAGGAUGCAGAGACGCAGGGACGAGUCAGAGGAGGAGGAGGACGACGAUGACGACAGCGAGGAAGAUCGGCAGCAACGCCGCAGGCGGAGGAGAACGGACGACGAGGAAGACGACGACGACGAGGAAGACGACGAUGAGGGAGACAGCUCGGCCCGGGACCUGGAGGGGGAGGAUGAGGACGUGGCCGGUGAAGACGAGGAAGACGACGAGAACCGGUCAGACUCUGAACCAGAGCCUCCCGUUCUCCUGGUGUCUGACCUUAACGACGACCUCCUAAACGGCUCGUACCUGACCGUGACCCUACAGCGCCCCCCCAGGGCCAAACGCCACCCCGGCUCCAUCGUGCCCAAGCUGGAGGCCGCCAUGUCUCCCAGGACCCACGGCGGCGGUCCAGGUUACGUCCAGCAUAAAACCCUCGGGAAGACGCGGCACAAAAACGGCACGGUCGCCGCCGGCAACGGCCUGGCCCAGCCCGCCAAGAAUCCAGUCGGCCGGCCGCCUCGUCACCGCAUCAACAAUCCCCACGGCGACACAGCAGACAGGGAAAAAGAGAGGGACACCGCCUCUCAUUCCUCCUCGGACUCCUCGGCCUCCCCCACCCCUCCUCCCCACUCCUCCCACUCUCCUUCCUCGCUCCUGUCGCUUCCCUCCUUCAAGGAUGUAGGAAAUGAGAAAGGAGGGGAGAAGGAGGUGUGGGUGGCGGUGUUCCGUUACCUGAGCAGAGCCGAGCUGGCUAGCUGCAUGACUGUCUGUAAGGCCUGGUACAAAUGGAGUUGUGACAAGCGUCUGUGGAGUGGUGUGGAUGUAUCGCGGUGUCCCUCCCUCUCCUCCCAGGCCGUGCAGGGCAUCAUCAAACGCCAGCCCACCUCCCUGGACCUUUCCUGGACCCCCGUGUCCAAGAAACAGAUCACCCUGCUCAUACACCGCCUGCCAGGUCUGAAGGAGCUGAUGAUAGCAGGUUGCUCCUGGUCGUCCAUGUCAGCCCUGUCCACCCCCAGCCUGCCGUGCCUUCGUACCCUGGACCUGCGCUGGGCAGAGGGGAUCAAAGACACCCAGAUCAGGGACCUGGUCACACCACCAGGUUGUGACAGUCGGUCUCGGCUGCGUGGCUGUGUGGCGCUGCGUCUAGCCGGCCUGGACAUCAGUGACUCCACCCUGAGGCUGAUCCUCCGUCACAUGCCCCUGCUAGAGAGGCUGGACCUGGGCCACUGCAGGGACCUCACGGACCAGUCCGUCUGCCUGCUCACCGCCGCCGGCACACACACACGAAACACACUCACGGAGAUCAACCUCGCAGGCUGUAACAAGCUGACGGACGGCUGUCUGGCUUACCUGAAGAGGGCGUCUGGCCUGGCGCUGCUCGACCUGCGGGGCUGCAAAGGUGUGACGCGGCGGGGCUGUGAGGGCUUCAUCUCGGACCUCUCUCACUGCGUCCUGUUCUGUAUGACAGAGGAGAAACUCAUCCAGAGGAUAUCGUAAAACUGACCCCGUUCUUACCCCUACGCAAGGGGCACGUAGAGACCCCGUACCAGCCAGGCAGGGGGGAGAGAUGGGCAGCAGCCAACACCCCUCCCCCGAAAAGGAGAACAAGCGCUCCAAAAAAAAGGGGGGCGAGCAACAAAAAAAAGUGAAGAUGUUCCCACUCCUCACUUGGGAUGAUAGAAGACAUGGAGAGAGGGGAGGGUGGAGGGAUAGUGUAAGGAGAGGGGAGAAUGUGCUGUUGCAGCAUCAUGUGUUUAUUAGGAGGGUUAGGAACGAUAUGACUAGCACAGAGACACUUGUUAGUGUUGUUCACACUACAGGGCUGAAAAUGGGAGCCCUGGGCCUCCCGAGCGGCGCAGUGGUCUAAGCCACUGCAUCGCAGUGCUGCCUGUGCCACUAGAGAUCCUGUGUCGCAGCCGGACGUGACCGGGAGACCCAUGAGGCGGCGCAAAAUUGGCCCAGAAUCGUCCGGGUUAGGGGAGGGUGCCAUGAUGUCCUUGUCCCAUCGCGCACUAGCGACUCCUGUGGAGGGCCGGGCGCAAUGCACGCUGACACGGUCGCCAGGUGUACGGUGUUUCCUCUGACACAUUGGUGCGGCUGGCUUCCGGGUUAGGUGGGCAUUGUGUAAAGAAGCAGUGCGGCUUGUUUGGGUCGUGUUUCUGAGGACGCACGGCUCUUGACCUUCUCUCCUGAGUCCGUACUGGAGUUGCAGCGAUGAGACAAGACUGUAACUACCAAUUGGAUACCACAAAAUUGGGGAGAAUUUUGUGCGACAUGGUCUACAUGAACUAGAGUGAAUCGGGGUUUAGGUUUCAGAGGGGGUUGAGAGGGGAAGACUCCGACAUGACUGGUGUGUCCCACUAGGUCCGGAUUCUAUGCCACACUGUCAAACACUUCCACGGACUCCUUGGGAAACCGAGCCGUCGGGACUCGUAAGCACCGAGGGGAUGAUGAAUUGCAACCCCCCCCCCCCCCGUUUCAGCUCUCAUUGUGUCCCCUCCUUCUUUUCGCGCCAUCCUCACCUCUGUUCCUUACGCUUUUACAGCCAUGAGUUUUGUUGGAUAAAAACCGUACUGUAUCUCUCAUCAGUUACAUCCAAAAUGGUACCCUGUUCCUCAUAGUACACUACUACAGAGCCCUGGUCAAAGGUAGUACUCUAUAUAGGGAAUAGGGUGCUAUUUGGGAUGAAUACAUUGUUUCUCUUCAGUUUUACUUGACUCCCUUUCACACUACCAGCCACUGCAGGUCUUAACUUUAACUUGGUUUCUUUGAAUUCCCUCAUUUGACAGAAUAUUUUCCUCCUGUCAUUUUAAUGUUUUUCCUUUGUCAGUCUUUUUACAGGUAACUUUUUGUUCAUCCCUCUGUCUCUGUCCCCCAUAAUGUUAUUGUUAAUAAUGUUGAACCGGAGGGCUUUUGGGUUGAGCGCGCCCCAAAUGUCACCCUAGUCCCAAUAUCGUGCACUACUUUUCAAAAGUAGUGCACUAUAUAGGAAAUAUGAUACCAUUUGGUACGCGAUCUUGGUGAAUUGUUUUGGUUGCCCUACUGCAGUUGCUCAAUGGGACUGUAAUGUGCCUGUAGCAUUGCAAUCAAUUAUAAUUAUUUUCUGAAAUGUUUUGCAGAAAUUCUCUGUUAAUUUGUGGGUUUUUAUAAGAAAAAAAUGAAAACAAGAAAUCUGAAAUGAA